UCUCUAGUUUCAUCAAAGAGAGAGAACUAGUGCUGUCAGCUCUGAUUCUAGAAAGUUAAAUUAUCAUACCAAAAGAAGACUGUGUUGAAAAUAAUCAAAACUGGUUACAUUAAUUGUUUAUUUUAAAAUAUCGGCAUCAAUAUAAACCGUUGAGCUAAAGUUGAUGAACUACAUUAGAACAGGUAUACAUUCGCUGAAUUCAAGGAUCAGACCAAGACAACUUUCAAACUCAUCUUUUGAAUUUAGUUUAUCCUUUUCUGAUUAACGACAAUAUAUUAGUUAGCGAUAAUUUCCAUUUACUCAAGAAAUAUUAUUUAAAAUAUUUCCAUGCAGAUGACUGACCUAACGAGGUUUAGUUAAAAUGUCACUCUCAAUGAAACCCCCUAACUCAAGAAAUGUCCUCGCUUAUGUAAAAUUCCAGAAAAUCCCAGUUGUAAAAUUCUGUCAUUCAUCUGUUAAUGUGACUAUAUUCUAAUCAUCAUAAUAAACAUACCCUAUUUCUAUAACUUUUUCAUCAAGAUAAAAAAAAACACAUUUAUAUUCUAUAAAAGAGUCUCAGCAGCUACAGAUAUAUCCGGUGGCAUAUCGGAGAGUCCAAGAAACAGAGUGCUGUCAUCCAUUAUAUCCAAGAGGGGACCUUAUAGCAGAAACAAGAACUUAAAGGAGAAAAUUGAGAUGGAUACUAGUAGCUAUUCAAAAAGACACAUGCUGACGUGUUUUUUCCUAGGGAUGCUGUUCUUUUGCAUGGUGGUCGAGUCGGAUGCUCAAUUAUCAGAAAAUUUCUACGCCUCGACAUGUCCUAACGUGGAGCUUAUCGUUCGUCAGGCGGUUACAACGAAAUACCAACAAACCACCAUCACGGCUCCGGCAACAUUACGAAUGUUCUUUCACGACUGCUUCGUCGGUGGAUGUGAUGCUUCGGUGUUAGUAACGUCUGAUAAUGGAGACGCGGAGAAGGACGCGCAGGACAAUAUAUCUCUCGCCGGAGACGGUUUCGACACCGUAAAUAAGGCUAAACUAGCUGUCGAAGCUCAAUGUCCUGGCCGUGUGUCAUGUGCCGAUAUUAUGGCUCUCGCCGCCAGAGAGGUUGUCGUCCUCGCUGGAGGGCCAGGGUUUAAGGUGGAGCUAGGGAGACGAGACGGGCUCGUGUCAAACGCGUCUCGAGUUGACAGGAAGUUACCAGGACCAGAGCUAGACGUAAAUGGUCUGGUCGAUCUAUUCGCUAGUAACGGGCUCACAAUGACCGACAUGAUUGCUCUCUCCGGCGCGCAUACGAUAGGAUUCUCUCACUGCGACCGUUUCGCUAACCGUCUCUACAACUUCUCAACGUUCAUGCCCGUAGACCCCACGCUUGACCCGGCCUACGCACAGCAGCUGAUGCAAUCCUGCCCUCGGGUCGGUGCGGACCCCAGCGUCGCCGUAAACCUGGACCUAAACACCCCAAAUGUCUUUGACAAUGUCUACUUCCAGAACCUUGUGGCCCGGAAAGGACUUUUCACGUCCGAUCAAAUUCUGUUUAACGACUUCAGGUCUCAGGCAACGGUGAUCAGGUUCGCAAACAGUGCUGAAGAGUUCAACAGGGCUUUUACGGCAGCUAUGAGGAAACUCGGCCGCGUUGGAGUUAAGGUUGGGAACCAAGGAGAGAUCCGUAGGGUUUGCUCUGCUUUUAACUAAUUUAUGUCACAAAUAUUUUAAAAACUUAAAACAUUCAAACUCUCUGGCUUUCCUUAUUAAUGCUUGCUAUAUUAAAAUGUCAUAAUCCGCAAUGGAACCUGUUAUAUUGGAGUUGUAAAGCUAUUUCUCAGGAUUGAAAGAAACAUUAUUUGAAAAACAAGUCC